AUGCCUCGUCUCCCCCUCGCAUCCUCCUCCCGUCUCACUAUCGGUGUCGCCCCUCGCGCCGCUCGUGCCUACGCGGCUCCCGUGGCCACCGGCGCCCUCGACGUUCGUGCCGACGUCCUCCGUGCCACUCUUUACCCUUCCGACGGUGUCAACCCCAACUCGUCUUCCCCCAUCGGCGCCCGUCACACCAAGUACGCCGAGCGCCUCGCCCACAUCCUCCCCAGUGUCGACGCCCACGAGACCAUUGAGCGCGCGUGGGCGCUGUACCGCCGUCGCCAGCGUGACGCUCGUGAGCGUGCGCUGAGUGCCAAGUUUGACGCCAUGGCCGACGCGUGUGCCGAGCUCGAGAGCGUGUCCGUCGGCGAGCACAAGGCCCUGUACGACCGCGCAAUGGUCCGCAUGGCCCAUGGAGCGGCCGCCAACGUCGCUGCUGCGCAGGGUGUUGCGCAGGGCAGGAAGAAGACCCCCGAGAGCAGGUGGAAGGAGGCCAGGCCCGAGGGUCUCGUCCCCCGCGAGGCUUGGGUGCCCACCGAGACCCGCGGCAAGGGCUGGAACUACGAGUGGACUCGUCCCGAGAACUAG